AUGAUAUUUCAAGAUGUCAGAGGAUUUGAAGAAGAAGAAGAUGAUUCAAUCCUAAUAACAGUUGAUAACAAUUAUUUAAAUAGAUAUAAAAAUAAACAUAAUGGAAAUAAUCGGAGUAAUAAUAAUAAUAAUAAUAAUAAAAAUAAAAAUAAUAAUAAUAAUGAUAGUAAUAAUGUAAAAAUUAAUAAUGAUAACAAUAAUAAUAAUAAUAAUAAUAAUAAUAAUAAUAAUAAUAAUAAUAAUAAUAAUAAUAAUAAUAUUAGUAGUAAUAAUAAUAAUAGUAAUAAUAGUAAUAAUAAUAAUAAUAGUAAUAGUAAUGGUAAUAAUAAUAGUAUUAAUAAUAGUAUUAAUAAUGAUAAUAGUAGUAAUAAUAAUAGUAGUAAUAGAUUAUAUGAUAAUGGUAGUGAAAGUUUAGAUAUAGGUGGUAGUAGUAGUAUAAAUGAUUUUGAAAUGCCAGUUGAUGCAUAUGACCAUAAUCAAUUAUAUUUAAAUGGUGGUAUUGGUGAUAGUGGUGGUGGUGGUUUAAAAAAAAGUUUAAAAUUUUCAAAAUUUUUAAUUAAAAAUAAUGAUGAUGAUAAUAGUAAUUUUGAAGAAUUAGAAAUUGAAAUGAUUAAUGAUGGUGAUGACGAAGAUGAGGACGAUAUUAAUGGUGAUGAUGAAGGUGGUAGUGAAUCGAAUAAAACACCAUUUAGAAGGAACAGAUCAUUAUUAGAAUUUACACAAGGUUAUGAAGAUGGUGAUGAAUUGGAAAUUUCAUGUGAAGGUGGUUCAACAAUUAGUAGUUUAUAUAGGGAUGAAGUAAUUGCAGAUUAUUUCGAACCAAAUGUUGAUGAACAACCAUACUAUAAUAAAUUAAAAAUCAGACAACAACAACAAUAUCAACAACAACAAUUAGCAAUUCAACAAUAUCAACAACAGCAACAACAACAGCAGCAAUCACAACAACAACAACAACAACUUUCAACAUCACCAUCCUCAAUAGCAUCACCAAUGUUACAAGCUGAUCAUCAUAAUUAUUCUGAAAGAAAGAUUAAUAUACCAAAGGUUAGAUUUGGUAAUAAUGAACAACAACAACAACAACAAAGUGUACCAACUACACCAAGAACGACUACAACUGCAACUACAAAUAAAAAUACAAAUAUAAAUCAACAAGUUCAAGAACAAAGUAAUAAUAAUAAACAUAUUAAUGAUAAUAUAUUAGUUGAAGAAAGAAAUAAAAAUUAUGAAAAACAAAGAAAAGAAAUUAAUCAAGAAAAGAGGAAUCAGUUUAUACAAAAACAUCAACAAAAUUAUAAACAACAAAAAGAUAGUGAUUCAGAUAUAAUUGAGGAAUCAGCAGGUGAAGGUGAUGGACCAGAAGGUUCAAAUAGUAAAUUUGAAGAUGAUGAUGAUGAUGAUGAAGAGGAUGAUGAUGAUGAUGAUGAUGAUGAUAAAGCAGAGUUAGUUUAUUCAUUUGAUGAAAUUAAAGGAUGUAGUUGUUUUUCACCAUAUUUUAAAAUUGUAGGAACAAAUAGGAAUUAUACAUUGUUAUGGGUAGCAUCAUUAAUUUCAUUAGCAGGUGAUUGGUUGAAUGAAAUUGCAUGUUUGACAAUACUAGAUAAUUUUCAAACAAGUAGUUCAGUGGUGGCAAUGUUUUUAGUAGUACGUGAGUCACCACCAUUCCUAUUCCAAUUUUUAACAGGUGUUGUAUCGGAUACAUUCGAUAGAAGAUACAUUAUGAUUGUAGCAGAUAUAGUAAGAAUGAUAUUGGUUUUAUUCUUUUUAUUUGUUAGAUCAAAAAGUUUAACAUGGCUAUUAUUCGUAUUGGCAUUCCUACAAUAUGGUACAGGUAGUUUCUAUAAUCCAAGUAAAAGUGCACUAUUACCAUCGAUCGUACCAAAACAAGACCUAGUAACAGCAAAUGCCCUCGACCAAAGUUCAUACUCUUCAAUGAUGCUUUUGGGUGCAUCAAUAGGUGGUAUCAUUUCAUUCACACUUGGUACAGAUGUCAAUUUCAUUUUAGAUUCUCUAACAUAUGCCUCUUCAGGAAUUUGUAUAUUUUUAUUAAUUAAAAAUACUAAAUAUUUAUCAAAAUCAUCAAAAAAUAAAAAUAAAAAUAAAAGUAAUAUAGUAAAUGAAAAAGAUCAAGAAUUAAAUAAUAAUAGUAUAGAAUUAAAAAAUAAUAAUAAAGAUAAUAUAUCAUUAAUUAAAAAUGAUCAAUUAAAUCAAAAUCAAAAUAAUAAUAAUAAUGAAGAAGAAGAAGAAAUAGACGUUAAUAAUAGUAAUAAUAAUAAUAAAAAAAGUAUUGGUAAUUUAUUUAAAGAAUUUUUUUCAACUUAUAAAUAUGGUUUCAAAUAUUUAAUGGAAAAUAAAUAUAUAUUUUUAAUUGUAUUUUCAAAAGCAUGUGGAUCAUUAAUUUGGGGUGUUGCAGAUAUGGUUAAUAUUCAAAUUGCAAAGACAACAUUUAAAAUGGGAGAUGAAGGAUCUUUAAGCUUAGGUAUUAUUUUAGGUGCUGGUGGAUUUGGAAUUUUAAUGAUUCCAUUAUUCUUUUCAAGAAUUGUUAAAGAUGUACCAAGUAAUUAUAACAAAAUAUUAAAAGUUGGUUUCUUUAUGAAUGGAUUUUGUACUUUUUGUUUGGGUUUAUCAGCUAAUCAUUUCCCACUUUAUUUAAUUUUCAAUGCAAUAAGAUCAAGUUCAACAUGUAUAAUUUGGAUGUAUUCUUCAUCAUUCCUUCAACAAUUAUUACCUGAUGAAGUUAGAGGUAGAGUUUUCUCUUUAGAAUAUGCUUUAAUUACAAUUUUUAAUAAUAUAUCAAAAUUAGUUGUUGGUUAUUUAAUUGAUAAUACAAAAUAUUCACUUAAAGAAAUAUUAAUAUCAACUGGUUUCAUUGGUAUUUUAAUGUUUGCAAUUUGGUUAAUGUUAUUUAAAAGAUUCAAAAGAUCAAGUAAAUAA